AUGUCCACAGCGACUCCAAAGAAGAUCGCGGUCGUGGGUGCAGGGGCAGCAGGCAUGUCCUGCGCCGCUACACUCGCCAAGCACCCCGAUAAAUUUGAGGUCCAUCUCUUCGAUUCCGCUCCCUACACCGGUGGUCAGGCUACGUCCAUUUCUCUGGAUGCCCGCUACGGCGCCACCUGGUUGAACGAUGGCGUCCAAGGAGGCUCUCCCAUCUUCCGACACACGUUCAACUUCUUCCGACGAUACGGAUACGAGCCUCAGCCCGUAAAACUGCAGGUAUCAUUCGGAAAAGGACCAGAUAGCUUCUUUACCAACAUCUUUCCAAGCCCGCUAGUCGACAAAUUCGCUGGGGAGAUCCGGAAACUCGGUCGCGUGCUAAAAUGGAUGAAGCGCUUGAUGCCUUUUCUGGGGAUACUGCCCGUAAAAGUCAUUCUGCAGGUUUUCCGGUUCAGUCAAGAUUUUGGAGAUAAGAUGGUCUUGCCAUUGAUCGCACUUUUUCUAGGUACGGGCAAUCAGACGCCUAACGUGUCAAGUGUGUUACUGGAACGAUUGUUCGAUGACCCGCAGAUGAAGCUCUGGGACUAUGAUCCGGACACCCUGCUACCCAAUCAACCGAUGAUGUACACAUUCCCCAAUUUAGGGGACUUUUACCACGACUGGUCAAACGAUCUCCAGUCCAAGGGAGUGAAAGUUCAGAUGAAGAAGAAAGUGGAGAUAUUGAAGAGAGAUAGUAAAAAUGGUGUCGAUCUUCUGAUCAGAGAUAACCCUGAUUCCAAUUUAGAAGAGACGUCUCGGGAAGAACACUUCGACGAGCUUGUUCUCUGCAUCCCUGCCGAUGGAGCCAAAAAUAUACUCGGAAAACAGGCCACGUGGAGAGAGAAGUAUGUGCUUGGCGGUGUGAAGUUCUUCGACGACGUCACUAUCACGCACAGUGACGCAGAAUACUUCAACAGCAUAUUCGAGACGAGGUAUAAGCCGGAGCUUUGUGGAAAGGAGUCGAGCGACACGCGCAGGGAGCAAAUCUCGUUCGCGAAGCAGACACCACACUGCCGAAAGGACGGAUGGGUUGGAUUUGCUCCCAUGUACUAUACGCAUUCGGUUGAUCAGGAGCGACGGAAGAUAGAGAUGGGAUUUGAUUGUUCGAACUACCAGCAUCAGUUUAGGGAAGCACUGGGGGAGGAUGCCUUGCCGCUUGAGUAUGACCGGCAUGUUUACCAGACCAUCUUUUUGAACAAACAAGAGUCAGAUCUCUGGACAUGGGAGAAUAUCGAUAAAAGUAAGAUCAUUGCGGAAAAAUGGUGGCAUCAGUUCGGACAUAACUGGCAGCACUACACACGGGUGGUGCCCGGGAUGAUGUUCAUCAACGGGAAGAAUCGAACCCUGUACGCAGGGAGUUGGACGAUGGUGAAUAUGCAUGAGAUAGCCUGCAUUUCGGGCAUUGCCGCGGCCUAUCGCCUGGGAGCGGAGUACCAGCCGUUCGAUGAUUUUGCCGAGGAUUGCUUUGCCAAAUACCUGCUGGUGAGCCACGGGACGAGGUAUAAGCGAGCUGGAGGGACUGGAGCGUGA